UAUAACCUCACCAACGCCACGCUGAAUUGCAAAUUCUUUUCUUUGUCAUUUGCCUUAUAAAUAAAUCAAAACCAAAGCCAUCCUUCUUCUUCUUCUCCUCCUCGCCCUCCUCCCUUCUCCUUCGGCUUCUUCUUAGCAAUUAAGCAGCACCACCCACUGAGCUCGGUUUGGGGUAUUAAGGUGUUAAUUUGAUCGAUUUUGUGGUUAUGUAUAUGGCGGAGUCCGAGAAUCCCGGGGGUUCUGAUUCCUCGAGUGGCCAGAAGGAUCAGAAUCAUGGGAAGGGUGAGGACAUGAUUGUCAAGGAGGCUGAAGCAACUGGCAAACGGUCCUAUGAAUGCGUGUAUUGCAAGAGGGGGUUCACCAACGCGCAAGCCCUAGGUGGCCACAUGAACAUCCACCGCAAGGACCGAGCUAAUAAGUCAUUCUUGUCAUCAUCUUCCCCGCCCAAGAACAUUCCAGCAUUUGAAAGCAGGCCGAGCUUGGAAGCCCUAUGGAGCAAGCUGUCCUCGCAUUCCUCCACUGCAUGUCCGAGUCUUGUGAGCCCGACUAAUUACCUCGAGAGUUACCUGCAAGUUGCUAUGAGCUCCACUUCUUCGAGCAGGGGUAUUGAUCAUGAAGAGGCUCUUGGGUCGAAUUUGAGCUUGCAAGUUGGUUCUCCCGAUCAUGUUGAAGAUACAGAUGAGAAAGGCGAUGAUAGGAUGGAGGAAAUUGAUCUGGAGCUACGACUUGGUCGUCGCGAUCCCUAAGUUGGUAUUAUCCGAUUACAAGCUCUAUAUUAUAAGCUUGUUUUUUUUUUUUGUCAUAAGAAAGAAUUAGAUACUGAGUUUUGUGUACAGGGUGGAAUUUUUUUUGAUGGGUGAUUAAUUGCUAUUAUUGAUCAAUAUGAAGGUGGAAAUAUAUGGUCGAAUAUUCAUGAACUAUUGCUUUAUUCUUCAUUUUGGUGAUCACCAGUGCUUAUGUAGCAGUAACUUUACUGCUAUACAUCAAUGAAGAAAAUUUAUUUAGAGAUGCAUCAAAACCGUCCGAAGAGCAUAUACAUCAAUGGGUAUCGUCAAAGAAUCCUAGGGGCUGGGGAAGAGAGUUAAUGUAAGUGAACAAGCAUGACAUGUGCCUCAUUGGCCGGAUAAUUAAUGGUCGAUCUGAUUGAUGAAUAUCAUUUCGUACAGUCUAUUGAGGUGAUUACAGAUGGAUCAUCUAUUGCCCUAUGAAUGUAUGUUAAAAGUAGAGAUUUAGUUAGCUUAGUAAUGCAGUCUUUCUAUAUAUACUGCAAGCACUAGCACAUGAAGCACAUGAUGUCCAUUU